UAGUUCCUGCCAGUGAGUAAGUGAGAGAGAGAGAGCAAGAGAGAAAGGGGAAGAGCCAUGAGAAGGAGUGGGAGGAAGAAAGCGCCAGAAAGGGAGUGAGUGCAAUGCGUGAGGGGAAGUGAGAGAGAGAGAACAGGGAGGGGAGAGCAAGCGAUGGAGAGACAGGAAACAUGCAACAGCCACUGAACCUGGAAGGCAGGAAGAGUGGAGGAAGCAACGGAAUAUGGAGGCUUUCAGCCAAAUGCAGGGGCAAUGGAAUACAAGCAAAGGCAGCAUGUGCUUGUUCAGGAGGAGGGAGGGAGGCUGUCAACGGUCCAGCAGCAGAGAACAACGUGAGGAUAAUAUCAGAAACAGGCACUGACGGGAAACAGAGGGAGAGGGUGGGGGGUGAGCCAAGGAACAUGCUGAUGAAAAAGUUUCAGGCUUCGGGAGGGAUAGAACUUGCAUGACAAUACCAUCCAACCAGGAGUGGUGGGAGACAGUGCAUGAGGGAAGGAUAAAUCAGUUCCAGAGUCUCUAUGUGAAACCUCUCUCCUGCCUCCGUUAUGUUUACUGAUACCAGAGGGCUUAGGCAACAUACCAUCCCACAUCACUUCUGGUUCCUACAAAAGAAGACCAAGAUGGGACACUCAGCAAAGACUGAGAAGGGAUCUUUGUUUAGUUUUGAACCUGAACAAUACAAGAUGGGUUGUCAUGGAUCUAAGCAGACCAUCCAUAAUGGAUACAGUAACCAUUCUAGGGUAUCUCUUACCGCUCUGAAGUGGCAUUCGAAGCUCUUUAGGACUGGCAAGAGCUGUCAAACUGAGCCGAGCAGUAUGAGGUGGCGUAAGUGUGAGGGGCAGGGAUUACAACACAACAGCGCCUCUGUGAGGGAUCGCUCAAGAGAAUGCAGCUUUGUGGAAAACCUCCAACAAACUCAGACACCCCUCCCUUUGAGGAAAUGUGCUCUGGAUUUGCCGACGCAGUUCACAGGUCAAAGAAACUGUGGAGUGUCUGUUUGCGUGGUGGCACAACAAUCCGGCUCUGUCAGAGAGUCACAGGCGCCUGGGCAAACUGAGGAGAACGAACACACGUUUGACAAACGUGAGACACCUAAAACCAGCUGCGGUAGCAAUCCAGAACACUAUAGUGUGGAUAGUGCAAGACAGAAUUUCCAUGACUCAAUGAGACAUGUAGCAGAAGACAGUGAUGGGUACAGGUCCAUGCAUGAAGUUUUCUUCUCUACAGAAGUUUCCCAAAAUAUCACCAUCAAACACAAUAAGAGGUCUCAUAAAGGGGAUUUAGAAAAUAUGUUAGACAACAAGGGGCAGUCCCUGAGUGGAGACGCUUACAUCUUCAAAUCAAAGAAAACUCAGAGGGUUGUCCAGGACCAGAUCCGUAAAGUGGUUAUGAAUCUUGAGGAAGUUCUCCGUGGUUUGAAGGAAGUGCAUUUGGAAAUGAAGGAGGUGGUCCAGCAGAUUGACCAACUGACCUCCAGUAUUGACCUGGGAGAGGAGGACAGCAGAGAAGCUUCUGGACAUUGCAGCCCUAGUGAAAGAGUUUCUGCAUCAGAGAAAGCGAAAUAUGUUCACACCAGCAUCCACAAUUCUGGGUACCCAAACAACCCAGGUCUUGUGUCAAGCUUACCAAGGGGUGCAAGAAGGUUUGAAGCAUGUAGCAAAGACCAGACACCGGGUGAAAGCCCCCCUAGUGUUGCACCACCAGCAUACCAAACUGCACUUUCAUCUAUAAAGAAUUCAGGGUUGAAAUUCAAUCAUGGAACAACAGCAUCCCAAAUUAAGGGGCCUAAAUCAGAGGCCAAUGCACUGACUAGAAGCCAGAAGCCUCCUCCUUACCCCCUUAACAGCAGAACCUGGAGGGCAAAUAAAGGGAAAAUUCCCCCUUAUGAAGGCAGACGAAGACUGCUGUCCACUACUGUGUAAUGGGGCAGCUGCUUGAGGGCAGCUAGGGGAAGAUUACAGUUUGAAGAAUCCGGUAUCCAAGGAGACUGGCAGCAUUAAGUAAGUAUGGUCAGAGUAUCGCUGCAUGCAGUCAACUGAUUCAGAGCCUGACUAUUCAAACACAAGUCACUUUGAGUGCAUGCUAAGUAUGCACCAUGGCGUGUCUGCAUAUGUGUGUUCAGCUGUGCUGUUUAAGACCCAUUUGUGAUUAAAAAGUCAGAAGGCACCUGUAGAUUAGUGCCAGUCUAAAGAGACAUUCCGAGAAGCAUGUAAUUAGAGAAUC